AUGGCAAGAAGGGUAGUACCAAUACGCGGAGAUGGAAACUGUUUAUUCCGUUCUGUUUCUUUCUGUAUUUAUGGAACUCAGGAGCGCCAUAGAGAGAUUCGACUCAGCGUAGUGGAUCGGAUUGUGAACCACUGGCAUCGGUACAAGGAUUUUAUAAUCGGGGACCGGUCGUAUGGGUUCAAUAUGUAUACUGCGGCUGAUUACCGAAGGUUGAUGUCGACGGAUGGCGAGUACGCCGGUCAUGUUGAGCUGCACUGCGUCACUGAGUUAUACCCAGAAUACACUUUCAAAGUCCACAGAGACUCUUGUCCAAGAACUAUAGACUACGGCAGAGGACGGAACGUGAAACAUCUCCUGUUUUCUGGUUACUUGGAUGCAGGGCAUUACAGUGUUUUAGAGUAUUAUUAA